GUCCCACGAGUGAGCAAACGUUGUCCAAAAUGGCGGUAAAAGUGUCGUCUUCUUUUGCUUUUAUUUGUUGUGUUUCCUGGAUUUGGAGCCAGACAUAAAGAAGGAUGGAAAGUCUACUUGCGUAUAACAGCAGUUCGGACGACGAAAGCGAUAGAACAACUAAAGAUGAACAAGACUUCAAGAAAGGCAAAGUGAAGCUUCCUGGAACAGACCAGGCAAAACUCCAAGAAAUCAAAGAUGUUUGUGCAACAGAAAGCGGCACACAGCCAUAUGAUAAUCGGAUGGGGCCUUUUCUUGAAGCAAGAAAUGCUAUUGGGCUCAAUGAGUGCAGUUAUUCUAAAUCAAAACAAACUUCCUUGAGAAAUGAUAAUGGUUCCAUUGUUGUACAAAGAACUUUUAGUGAGCCACAGUUUCCAGUGAGUAAUUCUAACCAAGAAAAGAAAAGCCCAGCUUUCAACAGUUCAUUGACUCAAUAUAAGCAUUCAAAUUCGAGUAGCAUAUCAGGCAGAAGAGUAAAACCUUACAUCUCAAAGAGGGAAAGAGAAAAAUUGGCACAAACAGCUUUACCUGGUAGUUCCUCUUCUCCACUUAAAUGUCAGUUAGCUGCGGAGAAGUCUAAUUUUGAUCAUUCUAUAAAGGAAGUCGAUUUGCAACCUAACAGACCUUGUGAAAUAUCAGAUGGAAAACGUUUAGCUCGCGCAUGCCGGCCGCCUAAACAGUUGCAUUUAAAUUUUGAAGGUCAUUCGCAAGGAGUCAACUGUGUGCAUUGGAACCCAACUAGAGGUAACCUGUUAUUAUCUGCAGCAAUGGAUCACUUGGUCUGUGUAUGGGACACUUCAUGUGGGAGUACAUGCCACAGGAGACUUACACAUCAUACAGCAGCAGUGAAAGACUCCAAGUGGAGUUUAUGUGGAGAGAAAAUCUUUAGUUGUGGUUAUGACAAAACUGCUAGACUUUCUAAUUUGGAAACAGGUAAUGUGAACCAUGUCUGUAGUUUGAAGAUAAUGCACAUGUCAUUGGCUUGUCUCAGGGGUAGGAACUGGGGCUAACCAGGGCAAUGAAUGUCGGGCAAUAGUUCUCUACAACUGGCGGAGGGGGAAUUUCACAAAUAAUUUAAAUUUGAAGAAAAGGGAUGGGGGAAUUCAAAUUUUGUAAAAAUAGUAGACAGCAACCACCGUGAAGUCAUCAGGAUUUACUGCUUUCCCACACCCUUAGAUAUCUGAAAUAUAACAUUUUAAUGGCCAACAUCAUGUUUACUCGCCACGGACUACCAGGCUACUGGAGAUGGUGAACCCUGCUAUGACAUGUGCAUAAAACACAAUGAAAUAAUUAUAUUACUAACCUAAUGUGCACUUUGAUGGGAUAGCUCAGGAGUGAAUCAGGGUAAACAAAAAAGGUAAAGAGUCUUUAUUUUAUGUCAGUGGCUCGAAAUAGCCAUAUGAUUAACCAACCUGAGGCCAAUGGUGCACCCAUUUCCCCCCCCCCCCCCUCUCCAUUAGUGCUCCGUUUUACAGGUACAGUGGAACCCCGCCUUACGACCACCCCGUUUUUAAGACCACCUCGUUAUUACGGCCAUAUUCUUCCAAACCAAACGUAAAAAACAUUGACUCAUUUUAUUAUUUUGAAGACCCCGUUAAUGUGACCACCUCGUUAUUAGGACCAGGAUUUUAUGGCCCAACGGUGGUCGUAUUAACGGGGUUCCACUGUAUUUAAAGCUACGGAAAGCUAAAAGGAAAGGAAAGAAGGUGAAAGAAGGACUUGAGGUCACAACUGGGAAUCGAACUAGGGAAUUCCGACACAGAAGGCCUUAUUGCACUAGCCAACUGUGCUAACCCUUGAUCCCCCAGACUUUCCCCUCUUCUCACCCCACAUUCUCCUUCUACCCUAAAAACUUGAAAUCUGAAGGUGAACCUCAUAAUAAAAAAAAAUCGUAGAUCUCUCAAAACAGCAAGAUAGUUUCCACAAAUUAAUAGACAAUGUUAUCAUUUAUUAUUUUUUUAUUUUUAUUUUUAUUAAUUUGCCACACAGAAUAAAUUACAAGUAGGAUAGAAAAGAUAAUAAAUAGUUAAUUAAUAUUAAAUUUAAAAUGAGCAUACAACUCGGAAGGAGUGACUGUGGCUGGAAAAUCUCUGAGAGGCAGAGCUUAUGAGGAAUAGAGAUUUUCCCCCACAGGCAAUUUAAAUACUAGGCGGCAUUUUAAAAUAGACAUAAGACGUGUAUUGUAAGUAUAUAAGUGUGCGUAGAGAAAAAUAUAGAUAUAAGUUGUUAAGGUAUUUAGGUUGUAUCUUGUCUGACCCUUAAAAAUGGUUUGAUCACACACUUGAAUAUAUUAAAAGUUGGGGCAUUUUUGAUGUUGCUCGGGAAUAAACUCCAUAUUCAAGGACCUUGAAACAGGAUCGAAAAUUUUUUGAUAUUAAUUUGUUCUACAGGUAUGAGGUCGGUAAAAGUCGGAGUAUCUUGUUGAAUAUUGAUGAAUCUGAUUUCCAGUUUGAAAGAUUUGAGUAAAAGCAAUAGGUAAAGCGUCAUUAUGAUAUAGGUACAUGAAAGAACUUACUUGGAGCGAGUAGAUACUAAAAACAUCAAGAAUUUUCAAAUUUGCAAAAAGAGGUUUACUAGAAGCCUUGUAGUAAGCCUUAGAGAUCGCCCGGACUGCUCUUUUCUGUAGUAGGUAAAUUGUAGAAGGUGUAGUUUAAUGUGCUCUACCUUUAAUUCUUUUUAGGUCAAGAAAUCAUUAAAUUUCCUCACAAAAACUUUGUCACCUGUGUCCAGUUUCACCCAAGAGAUCCGGCAUUAUUUUUGUCUGGGACUUUCAAAUCUGCCAUCUUAUGUUGGGAUACAAGAACUGGAAAUGUAAGUGUACAGAAUGCAUAUUGUUCUCAGAGUGCCACUAACCUCAUGAAAUAGAAUCUAAGGGCUCAAAAUGAGAUUGCUGGGACUACUGACUACUGACCCACCAGAGUAAUGUUAUCUCAGUCACGUCUCUCUUCUGGCCAGUCAUAAUGUUAAAAAAACGCGAUAAUAACAUGAAUAUCCUACCCCAACAAGCUAAAAGAUAGAGUAAAAAAGGAUGUUUGUCCCUUUGAAACAUAAUGCUGUGUAUAUAUAUUUUUUUUUCUGGUGGCUUGUUUAUGUGUCCAGUCAAAAUGACCAGUAAACCGAAUGUUUGUUCAGACAAAUGGCCAUCUUGGCUGGACAUAGUCUGUUGACCGGCCAUUAUUUUGAGGCCUGGAAUCUGCUGUUGUAAUCUAUGUUUUUACAUUACUUGCAAAAGAAAACUGUUUUGCAUUGAACUGUUUGAAUAAAUUAAUUAUUUUUACAUUGCAUGCAAAAUACUGAAUAGGAAAAAAAUAGUAAUAACUGGUGAAAAAAUGCCAAGUAAGAACAGUUUUUUUUGUAAGAAGGUUGCAGAUUGGGACCCAAACUUAUAAGAUUUUAAAACAAGAAGACAACAUUUUCAUGUAAUUUUCCCUCACAGAUCACAUCAACAUACUCUGCUCUUUUUGGCCAAGUACAGGACAUAGCAUUUCUUCCUGGAGGAGAUGAGUUUGUUUCUGCUGCUGAAGUAGUCAAGAGAAAUUCUACAGACAAAGGAAUCAUGGUCUGGGAUUUUAGAUCAACUGCAGUAUUAUCCAAUCAAAUCUAUCAGGUCCGUCUUCAGCAUUAAUCCCUCCUAUUUGAAAUGCAAAUAUGCAUUAUUUGAAAGAAUAUAUAAUUUUGGAAACAGGGGUUUUCCCUUUUAAUCAGAAUGAUUGUUCUGUUUGUAAGUUCUUAAGAAAACACAAAGUCACCAUUGUCUUCCUGAAAAUGGGACCAAAGUGCUCAUUAGCCUCUCCAGGGGGUACUCCCUAUAAUGGUCUAUACCAGAGCUCUGCCCAAAGGUGUACCUUUUUCAGGCUUCAUUAGUUGAUGUAAGAAAAAUUGUCAUUUUGCUCUGUGAAAAGACAAAAACUACCAAGAGAUGUACUUUAUGGCUGUGAAGAGAUAAGACAACUUCCUGGUUUUGUAAUUAAUACAUAUUAGAAGGAUGGUGCAUUUACAAAGGUUGAAGUGUUCUAAACUAGGUAUGUGAAAGGGGUCACAUUUGUCAAUAGAAGGUAUAUGAAAGAGGUACCAUUUCUGUCAAAAAUGGUGUAUAAAAGGGUAUAAGACUUUGUUCACUCCCAGGACAUAAGCAGGGCAUUAUCUGCUUCAAAACAUGUUUUUCGUUACUGCAUAUGAGAAAACUGCUGUCUAAUGGCAGUUCUCUAGAGGUGACAUAAAGUUCUCCCGAACGAUCAAACAUAAUUUGACUGAUAAAGACAGUUAUUAUGAAUCAUAGCAUUGCGCAUAUAAACGUACUUGGAAUCUCACACGUUAGAGAAAGAAAAUAAAAAUUAUUAUCUUCAAUUUUUUUGUUGUGAUCCAGGAAGCCUUCACUUGUACUUGCUUAAAAGUCCAUCCUCAUGAAGCUCAUUUUGUGGCCCAGUCCAAUGGAGAUUACAUUGCUUUGUUCUCAACAAGGAAGCCAUACAAAUUAAACAAGUUCAAAAGAUAUGAGGGCCACAAGGUAUUAUAUUCAAUUUCUGUUACUUAUAAAUAAUGAAUCCCAUAGAAAAUGGGUUACACUUUAUACUAUACAGUCAUUUCCUUGGGCACCCAUACUCUUCCCCCUACUGUGGACGACAAACUCCUGAUGGCAGGGACACUGAGGAGUUAACUGCCCUGCAGUGGGGACAAAUGAAGAGGGCAAAUCCCCUGCCUCCAGGAUUGUCCCAAAUCAACACUACAGCAGUGUUCAUUGUACAAUAGGGUAGUGCCACUUUCAGCAUUUUAAUGUGCAAUUUUGUCUUGUUUCUGCUCAUCUGCCACAUCUUUUGUUUAUAACAAUCAACUUGCUAUCUGAUGUAAAUAAAUACUUCCAAGACAACACAACUACAUGAUUUUCAUUUUAUUAUUAUUUAUACUGUAUUGUAAAUAACUUCUUUGUAAAAAUAUAUUGAGAUUAAAAGUUAGAAUAGUCUACUAUAAAGUCAUAUUUUUUUUAAUAUAAAUGAUGACAGACUUAAAACUUAACCUAAAGCACCCUUAAGCCUAAAACAGCAGCACUAUACACUUAAACAAUAAAGAAAGUGCCAAGGAACUUUUUUCUGUGUGUAUGAUUAGAAUUUCAAAACACCGGUGUGUAGACUCUAACUAGUUAGUGCGCCAGAUGACAUGGGCUCAAUAUUCCCUUCACAAUUUUUUUCAACCUUUGACAUGGACAAGUUAGGGAAAAUCCAUCCAUUCUGCUGGAAAGGGGACUUUUUAAUUAGUAAAAUUGCCAAGUUUGCAAAUGAUUUGUUGAAAACUAAUGAAGAUAUAGGUCCUCAAAGUCAAAUGUCUGUAAAUUUUGGCAACUUUGUGGAGGUAUAUCCUUGCUCACUUAAUAUGUACCACUUUAAAACUUGGGAAUAUUACUAAUUUUAAGGCGCUCUUAUUUCCAGUGGUGUCAACAGAUUUUUCCUGACUGGUCCAUGUUAAAAGGUGAAAAAACCUUGAAAGGGUCUAUUCUUAUCAUGUCUUGCUUGUUAUGAGAUAAUCAUAGCAACAACAGUGAUCAAUCUCAAUCCUUUCCUCUUUGUUAUAUAAAAGUGUACAACCAGACAGUUAGGAUUAGCGCAUGAGCCAAUCCCAGGCAUGAACCUAAGAUGGCCCAUCUUGCCCAUUUGGGAUUUCCCAGUUAGUCCUGCAAGAAAAAGUUCUCCUAAUGGGAACCUUUAUUGACCAAGCUUGUUUGGUCAAGAUGGCUGGAUAUUAACCUCGUUCUCGUGAUCUUGGUGCAUAAAAACACAAGGAAAACUUGGCAAAUAUCCAGCUACAGUGUAUCUUGACUCCACACUUGGUCAAUAAUGCAUACAUAUUAAAUUCUGGAUUAACAUUUUAUUGUUAGGUGAGUGGAUAUCACAUUGGGUGUGAUUUUAGCCCUGAUGGCUCAAUCAUUGCCUCUGGCUCUGCGGAUGGACAAAUUUAUUUUUAUGAUCAUCACACAUCCCACAUGGUGAGAACAUUACAGGCUCACUCUAUGCCAUGUAUGGAUGUUGCUUUCCACCCCACCCUGCCAAACUGUGUUGCUAGUUGUGGGUGGGAGGGACAAGUCAAAGUUUGGAAGUAA